AGAGCAGAUGCUGCUGGUGCAAUAAGCUGUACGUUUUAUGUCCAAUGGAUGAUGAUCUGAUUAGUCGACUAUCAAAAUAAUCGUUUGUGGCAGCCCUAGUUUUAAUGCAUGCUUUAAUAAAUGGACAAUGGAGGGACCUCUCUGAUGUGCAGGGGCAGGUUAGCAGCUCGUCAGCUGACCUGAGAAACAUGGGGAGGCAGUAAGGAUGAAGGUGGGGGCAAGACCGUUUAAGCCUUUAAAAACAAACUCUAAGAUAUGCGGGCAGCCAGUGGAGUGAAGCCAGGAUGGGAGUUAUGUGCAGUCGUGCAGCAGCAGACAAGAGUAUUACAGUAAUCCAAACGAGAUGAAGUAAAAGCAUGGAGUACUGUUUCGAAAUGCAGUCUGGAUAAAAUAGGUCUUACCUUUGCUGAGCGCCUUAAAUGCUAAAAACUGGACUUGACAGAGCCCUAAUUUGCAGGUCCAAUUUAAAAUCAGUCCACCUUAAAACCAAAGUUAGUUUCAACAAGUUUAAAAUACUCUGCCAGGGGUCCCAAAUCAAAAGAGGAGGGAUCACAAGGUCCGCUACGACCAAAAACAAUCACCUCUGUUUUGCUUGAAUCAGCAUAACAGUGGAAGGUUGUUCCAUGCCUUCUAAGGACGGCUGCCAAAGGCUGUAAAUACAAUGAAAAAGUCAGAGGCCCUAGAAAUGAGCCCUGUGGGACCCCAAACUGAAGAUGUUGUGGUCUACAUGGUCACAUGUGAUUGGUCAGUAGACUGGAAAGCUUCCAGAAAAUCAGCGCCUGAGUUUUCAUGUGCAGAUGGAUAUUUGUGUGAAUGUCGUUCAUAGCCGGAUGGUCCAGCAGCCGGUCUGUGCAAAGGCUUCAGGCACUGUGGCGGCUUCUAAACCACUGAACACUGGCAGGAGGCCUCAGACUCGUCCUGCAGCAGAAGCCCAAAACAGCCACACUCAGGUCGGUCGGGGUUCGAUCCCCGGCUCCUGCAACACCCAACCAAAAACACUGAUGAAAGUGGGAGGAAACCGUCCAUCGGUCAGGAUCGUCAUCAACCCGGUGUUAUCAUAACACAUCGGAACCAGGAAGAUGAUCACAGAAGAUUCAUCGGGUGAAACUUAGCCUGUUGGCUCAUUAACGAGGCCGUUCCAACAGAUCAGGUGAAAUGUCGUUUGUGUAGGAAACAUUUCAGUCGCUGCAACGCUCAUCGCUGACAACCCGCCUCAGGUCUGACAUGUCUGCCGCCAAACCGAAAAGCUUUCAGCAGAAAAACUUUAUUAGCAAAUAUAUAAAAGUCAUGUGGCUAAAACGCAACCUGCCUGACCUGUGACCUGUGAGGGGUUAUCGGGGUUCGCCGCGCGUUACCUGAGGACGCCGCGCAACGUUUGAACGUGAGCUCGUUCUCAGAAAGCAUCGACUGGUGCCAGCUCAUCAUGUUCCAGAUCAAGAUGCAGAAAGCACAACCACAGCUCCGACCGAGAAAUACGACACGCUGCAGUCACCCAGAGAAAACGGUGCUGGAGUGGCCACGCCCUCGGAUGUUGGCCUCUCCACCCAGAGGUCUGGAUGCUGCAUGUGAUGAAGAUGAAGCUGCCUAACAGCGAUGGGGGCUCCUCCUGCCCGAUGAGUCUGAGCUCCACUUUGACUUUAUUUGGUAAAAAACGACUCGUCUUUAUUUUCCGUCACUUCCUGAAGCGUUUGCACGACCCUGCAGGCAAAGCAGCGCCUUUCCUCUCAUAGACCAGACCGCUCUGCGCUUCAUGCUAACUGCUCUUUACGUCCAACAGCCACCAAGAAGCCUCUCAGACGUCGGCCUCACUGCAGUGUCCAUAAUGGACACUUUUUUUCGCCGUCACUUUAAGAGGAAGGAUGCCGCUCUGCAGGAGGACGCGUCCAAAUCCUGCCGCCAGCGGAGGCCCAGCGUUGCCGUGCCCACCAGCAAAGCUCGCCGAAGGUCCACAGUCGGGCUGCCUUCCUCCGCUCUAGCCCAGCGGCGUCGCUCCAGCGUCCAGCCGCCGUCAGGGUCGCUGUGUGCUGGUGGGGGGCGUCUGGCAAAGACAGACUCCGGCAGCAGGUGGGCGGGGCACGGUCGCAGGCGCUCAAGCACUACCACGCCCAACCUCAACCCGAGGUUUGCCGUUUGCCGGAGAAAGGUGGGGAAGCUGCGGACGAUCGACACCCACCUGCUGGGGCCGUCCAUGCUGCUCGCCAGCCUGAUCCAGAUGGCUGAGGAAGACGAGGAGGAAGAGGGUGUGGGGGCGGGACGGCUGGCUGAAGAACAGCAGGUGGAGGUGAUCAGCGGCGUCAACAACAGGAGGAGAUUUUCACGAGCCAGCAGCCUCCUCUCAGAUGGCGACGACAACAGCAGCCGUUUCUCCACCACUGACGACAGCCAAUCAGAAACCAGCCAGCUGUCAGAGGCGGAGCAGUUGGCUGAGGAGGAGGAGAACACCUGCUCCCCUGAUCCCCACUUCUCCCGAGCCUCUAGCCCGUCCGUGUCCUCCACUGCCACACUGGAGUUGAUGAAAAAGACUCCCCCGCUGCCGUCGCCGUCCCGCCCGCUGAUCCGGGCGCCGCGCUGCCUCCGGAGGAAUUCCUCUCAGGUGUUUACGGUAGACUCCUUCCCCUACGGCUGCUGCCGCACCUCCAGCCAAAGGAAGAGGAGAAGGAUCUCCACCAUCUCCAAAGCUGGGAGCCCCUGGCCUGGGAGAGGCCCGCCGUUGCCCAGCCGCAAGACCUCGGUGUACUACCUCAACCACCCGGGCUUCUACCGGGGCGCCGGCGCACUGAGCCCGCUGGGGCCUCGGGGCCAUGACUCCUGCCUGGAGAGCUGGAGCGCCUUCCUGCUAAAAGCCAUCUCGAAGUCGGGCGCACAGCACGCCGGGACUCCGGCCAACGUGUCGACGUCCGAUGCGAGCGAGUCGCCGCAGGAGCCGAGCAGCACCGUCGACUGGAGCGAUAACGCCCAGUACGGCGACCACAUCUGGUUUGAGACCAGUGUCUCCGGAGACUUCUGCUAUGUUGGAGAGCAGUACUGCAUCGCCAAGUCUCUGCAAACAGACAAAGGGAGGAAGAAAUGCGCCGGGUGUAAGAUCUCGGUGCACACCGUGUGCUUGGAGCAGCUGGAGAAGAUUAAUUUCAGGUGCAAGCCGUCGUUCAGGGAACCCGGAUGUCGAGCCGUGCGAGAGUCCAACGUCGUCCGGCACCACUGGGUCCACCGGAGGCGCCAGGCGGGCAAGUGUCGACAGUGCGGGAAGGGCUUUCAGCAGAAGUUUGCCUUCCACAGCAAAGAGAUCGUCGCCAUCAGCUGCUCGUGGUGCAAACAGGCGUAUCACAACAAGGUGACCUGCUUCAUGCUGCAGCAGAUCGAGGAGUGCUGCUCUCUGGGCGCUCACGCCGCAGUCAUCGUACCGCCCACCUGGAUCAUCAGGGUCCGCAGGCCACAGUCGUCGCUGAAGUCCAGUAAGAAGAAGAAGAGGACGUCACUGAAGUCUAACAAGGCGAGCAAGAAGGGCGGAGAGGUCCAAGAUGGCCGCUGGAAGCCCUUCCUGGUGAAGCCCCUCCCCUCUCAGCUCAUGAAGCCUCUGCUGGUGUUUGUGAACCCAAAGAGCGGUGGGAACCAGGGAGCAAAGAUCAUCCAGUCCUUCAUGUGGUACCUGAACCCGCGGCAGGUGUUCGACCUGACGAAGGGCGGGCCCAAAGAGGGGCUGGAGCUGUACGCCAAAGUGCCCAACCUGCGGAUCCUGGCCUGCGGGGGGGACGGCACCGUGGGGUGGAUCCUGUCUGUUUUGGAUCAGCUGAAGCUCCGCCCUCAGCCUCCUGUGGCCAUCCUGCCACUGGGGACUGGCAACGACCUGGCAAGGACUCUGAACUGGGGAGGAGGCUACACCGACGAACCGAUAACGAAGAUCCUCUCGCACGUGGAGGACGGCAACAUCGUGCAGCUGGACCGAUGGAACCUGAACGUGGAGGCAAACCCAGAGGCGCGGCCCGAGGACCGGGACGAACACCAGACAGACAAGCUCCCCAUCGACGUCUUCAACAACUACUUCAGUCUGGGCUUCGACGCUCACGUCACGCUGGGCUUCCAUGAAUCCAGAGAGGCGAACCCCGAGAAGUUUAACAGCCGCUUCAGGAAUAAGAUGUUCUACGCAGGGACAGCCUUCUCAGACUUUCUGAGCGGGAGCUCCAAAGACCUCGCCAAGCACAUCAGAGUGGUGUGUGACGGGACGGACCUCACAGCCAAAGUCCAGGACCUGAAGCUGCAGUGUCUGCUCUUCCUCAACAUCCCCAGGUACUGUGCUGGCACCACGCCGUGGGGCAACCCCAGCGAACAUCAGGACUUUGAGCCUCAGCGGCAUGACGACGGCUGCAUCGAGGUCAUCGGCUUCACCAUGACGUCUCUGGCCACCCUCCAGGUGGGCGGUCAUGGCGAACGCCUCCACCAGUGUAAGGAAGUGACCCUCACCACCUUUAAGUCCAUCCCCAUGCAGGUGGACGGCGAGCCCUGCAAGCUGGCACCGUCCGUCAUUCACAUCAGUCUGCGCAACCAGGCCAACAUGGUGCAGAAGGCCAAGAGGAGGAUCUCCAUGCCCCAUCUCAAUGAUCAGCAGCCCGUUCCAGAGAAGCUCCAGAUCAGGGUGAACCGGAUCAGCAUGGCGGCGUACGAGGCCCUGCAUUAUGACAAAGAUCAGCUGAAGGAGGCGUCUUUGCCGCUGGGAGUCAUCACCGUCCCCGGAGACAGCGAUCUGGAGACCUGCCGCCUGCACAUCGACCGUCUGCAGGACAACCUGGAGCAGGACGGCGAGGCGAUGAAAGGCGAGAGUCUGUCCUCACACAAGCUCUCCAUGAAGUGGUGCUUCCUCGACUGCACGACGGCGGAUCGUUUCUACAGGAUCGACCGGGCUCAGGAGCACCUGAACUACGUGACGGAGAUCUCUCAGGAGGAGCUCUACAUCCUGGACCCGGAGCUGGUCUCCAAGGAGACGGUGGGCACCUCCCCCAGCAUGCCCGACCUGGUGGACUCGGAGGAGCACCAAGACCAGCAGUUCGCCUUCCCCUGCUCGCCGCCCUCCCCCACCUCCCCUACCUCGUCACACAGAUCCCGAGAUCAGAGGAAGAGGAUCUCCAGCGACAGCUCCGUGGUCGAUGCUUUGACUCAGAGCUCCUCUAAGACCGCCCUCUGCAGGCGAGGAGCAAAGAUUAUCAAUGUGCAUCGCUCCAACACGGCCGCGGCUGAUUUCAGACCCGUCAUUAGACCUCCUGCUGCUACCUCACACGACCCUGAAAAAGAUGCAGAGCUGAUCAGCUGCAUCAAGAAGGAAAACCUGGACCGGCUCCGAGAGCUCCACCAACAGGGGGCGGACCUCCUGCUGCAAGACGGAGACGGCUGCACGCUGCUGCAUCACGCCGUGGAGGCCGGCUGCAAAGACAUCGUCAAGUACCUCAUCGACAGCGUGCCCACGUCCCACCUGGAUGUCACCGAGAAAGAGACAGGGGAGACGGCGCUCCAUAAAGCCGCCACUUCCUGUCAGAGGAGCAUCUGUAAAUACCUGGUGGAGGCCGGAGCUUCGCUCAUGAAGACAGACCUACAGGGGGAGACUCCCAGGCAGCGCGCCGCCAACGCCAGCGACCCGGAGCUGGCUGAUUAUCUGAAGAGCUGCCAGCAUUACCAGAUGAUCCAGCGAGAGGACCAGGAGACGACCGUGUGACCUCCCGAACACCUCGCUCCUCCCGCCCUCCUUCGUAUUUAUCUGCGUCCUCUGCAGAGAGGCGCCGGGUCUCGGCGUAGACGGCAGCGUCGUGCUUCUCGUCUGCUGUGCGGGGGCAGGGCGAGUUAUUGUUGUGUUUUUGUCCAAACGCCUGAAAAUCCUCCAAACUACCCAACGUAACAGCGUAAACGCGCCUGGACACUAAAACAAAGUCAAACUAGUUUCCUCUUCAGGCCACAAAGACUCUCAGAUCUGGCUCAAACUGCAUUUUGAAUACGUCUUUAUCGACUGAACAUUAGCGCUCUGACCUCCGCGUGAAGACGUGCGACGGCGAACAGUGGCGGCUUUCAUCCAUCUGCAGCUGAACGCUUUCGCCGCAUCACAGAAAAGCUGCAAGCGUGUCUUCUUUAAGCUUCUAGUGACCUUUUGGAUGUAUUUGUUUACUGGACAGAAAUAAGUGUUUGGAUAUUUAACUUAGGCUCACUCAGCUUAUUUAUGAAGUCUUUGUAGAGAUGUAACAGAUUUUGUUUGUGAUCAAACUGAACUUUAGAGAUUUUAGUCACAUACGAGCGUAUUUCUUGUAACUUGUCACCUGACUGUAAAGUGCGAUGCUUCCUGUGAUGUGUGUAAAUAGCUGAGACGCCCGGUAGACUGGUCAGUGUUGGAAACGUUAAGCUGAAGCUCUGCCAAAGCAGUCACGCCAUAGGAUUAAUAAUCACCUUUAGAUAGCAGGCAGGAUGACAUGAUGCUGUAUGAUAUUCAACUAAUAAUUGUUUGGUUUGAUCAUUUCUGAGUGACCUGCAAUAAAGCAUGUCAGCAACA